UCACGUUCAGAGCCUCACAGAAACUGUGAGAGCAGCAACCGACCUUUGUGUCGCGCAUCACAGCCAUAUAGCCCUGGAGUCGCGAAAAAGAAUUGCCCAUCCACCGCGCCGACUUUCGCCGCCCGCCUCUUCCUGCUGCAAGCGCUGAAACGCUCAGCGUCUUCGUGAUCACGCCUCGGCCGCGCAAGCUAGUACUGUCUUCUUCAGUUCCUCGAGACAUCACCGUCGCUCCAUGCGCUUUGACGUCUAGCAUCGCCAUCCACCAUGGGUCGCAGAAAGAUCGAGAUCAAGGCCAUCAAGGACGACCGGAACCGCUCCGUAACCUUCCUCAAGCGCAAAGGCGGUCUCUUCAAGAAGGCGCACGAGCUCUCUGUGCUUUGCUCAGUAGACGUCGCCGUCAUCAUCUUCGGCCACAACAAGAAGCUCUAUGAAUUCUCUUCCGGCGACAUCAACGAGACCAUUGGCCGGUACCAAUACGUCACGCAGUAUGGCGGCGCACACGAGCACAAGGGCCCAGAGGACUUUAUGGGCAAGAAAGAUGGCGACGAUGACGACGACGACGAUGAAGAGGGCGCCCUUCCCCGAGACUCGCACACCCCGCCCGAGCACUCGAUGAUGCCCCAUCACAUGCAGCACCCGCAGUUCCAGCACAUGAGACAAGGAGCGCCAUCAAUGUCUCCGCCAAUCGGCAACGGCGUCCCCUUCCAACAGCGAGGUCCUUCUCCCCAGCCUCCUCACCACCUAUCGCGACCCAACUCGAGAGUAGGCCACAUUCGCAGACCGAGCUCGAACCUCGCGCCGCCCCAGCCAUACCCUUCGCAAGCCCCUCCACCGCCCAACAGCUAUGCCUACAUGCCGAACCCGCCUUUCUACAACCCGCAAACUGCCCAGCAAAUGGCCCCCAAGCCUCAGCCUACUCCACCCGCCGCACAGUACCAAUUUACACAUCCCAUGCCUACGCAUCCUCAAGUGCAGUACAUGCAACAAGAGCAGCAACGUCGGCAGUCAAUGCCGCCUACUUUCCAGCAACAGCAGCAACAGCAGCAGCACCAUCUUCAGCAGCAAGUGCAACACCAGCAUCAACAAGAACAGCAAGCACAAGCACAGGCACAGGCACAACAGCAGGCACAGCAACAAGUGCAGCAACAGCAGCAGCAGCAGCAGCAGCAGCAACAGCGACUGUCCCCGCCCCCUCCACCUCCGCAAGCCUCUCAGCCGCAGCAAGAACUCCCGCAACAGCCUACGAUUACCGUCCCGUCCCCCACGCAACAGAACGAUUUUCAGAGUCCCCCUCUCCCCCAGCCGAAGCCACUACACGCGUCCGCCAGACACAGCAUCUUCACACCAAUCGACGACAGCCAGUCCAUGCUCGCUGCGCAUUGGGGUAGCAGUAGCAAUUCAAACCUGUCUCGCAGCGAAGCGCCAUAUAUCAAGCAAGAGAACCGUGCGCAAUCAAUUGAUGUAGCCGCCAUGUCACGACUGCAGCCGAACGGGGAACCAAAACCUCAAGCACAGCCUUCACAGCUACCUGUUCAGCAACCACCGCAGCGAACGCAGUCUACAUCCUCAAUGCCCACGAUCCCUCCUCCGUCACGAACAAACAGUCUGCGCAUGGGUGGUGAAAGCAAGCCAAGAUUGAGGGUGCAGAUCCCGAGCGAACACUCGGAUGCUGGAAGUGCCACGGCCGACUCGUCUCCAAAGGACUCUGGCACAACUGGUGCGACCCCAGGACGAAGCACUGAUGCGUCGCACUCCUCUGGCGUAGUCCUGCCUCCUCCGUCACCGAGUGCGAACUCGCUGCUCAGUGCAGGUGCAACUGGCCCGCCCAACCCCUUUGCUCGUCCGCCGCCGCCAUCUAACAGUAACUCAUACGGUAGCCGCAACGACAUGGAGACGCCAAUCUCAGCACUUCCCAGCCGCUUUGUGGAGAAUGGCCUCCUUCCCUCGCCCUCGAGCUUUUACCCCGAGUGGGGUUUUGGUCGCGACUCCAACAUGCUGCCGAGUCCUUUGACUUUCCAGACACCCGUAGCCCCGAAUGGACCCAGCUUCGCCCGUGACGAUUCGGCGGAGCGCAAGCGCAAGACGUCUGAUCAGGGCUCGGAUGACGGCAACCAAAAGCGGGUCAAAACCUGAGCAGUGCAGCGGAGUUUGAAAAGUUGUUUGAAGCGACAGUCUUUCUCGCAUGGCCUAUUUCCACGGCUAUGCUGUAUUUGUACCCCAUACUUGGUGCUUCUAUUCCGGUCUUUACUUCCUGAGGACCAACAAGCGAUGCUCGAUGCAUACUAUACUUUUUGCUAUUUUGUUUGAAGGCUUUGUAGAAUUUGGGUGCAGGGGCGUUGGAUACCCACGAUGAUUGUCGUUGUUGUCAUCUACUAUUUUGUCUCUUUUCACAAUUUGACGGUUGCACAUGGACCUUGUUGGGCAUACCGGUUAUGGCAUGACGAACGAUCAGAGUCAAGAUAUGUACUUCUUUGUAAAUAAUACCAAUGAACGGCUUGGCUUAGUCCACAUAAACAACCAGGGGUACCCCAUUAU